AAAGAAGGUAGAGUGAAGAUGCAGCUGCUGCGUGUGAAGACUUAAGUAUAUUUUCACAACUUUAGAAAUAGAUUUCGGAUUAAGAUCUUUCAGGAGUUUGUCAACAUAACUGGACAGGAGCUUGAGGUUCAGAAGGAGGAUUCGAAGAUUUCGCACAGAAAAUGGAACUACAAGAUCGCACAAACAGCUACUGGAGCCAGUAUUUUUGUGAUCAGCCACAGAUGGAGUUUGAUGGAAGUGCAAGCCCUUAUAUUCUCAAUGGUGUAGAGCCAGAGGAACAUCUAGACCCAUACUGCACUGUCUGGACUGAUUGUGAGCCUGCCAAAGUCAAGAGGGGUCGAUCGUUUGCCAUGGAUGCCAGAAAAAGACUUGAUAGCCUGAAGUCUGGCUGUAAGUCACAUUCACCCGUCUGUGACAUGGACAUCAAGUUAUACAAAUAUAACAUUGAAAAAGACCUGUGGGUUGAUGAGGACUCACAGACAGAGCAGUCUGCUCUGGACCUGGUGGAGAUCCUGGAUUUAGAGGACAGCAUGCUGGAUGAAGAGAGCUGGUUAUAUGAGCCUCAAAGUAGGCAGUUGUUGGUGAAGAAGGAGUCUGCUCUCAGGUGGUGUCGGCACGUCUUUGAUAACCCGAGUCCUGAGAUAGAAGCAGCCCGUCGUGUGCUGAUGAACAAGCUGGAUCAAAGAUCGAGAUAUGACUUCUACAGACCUGCAGCAGAUUCCCAUCAUCCUUUCAGGGUCUCCAGUGGAGACAAAACGCCAUUCAGCACAUCACUCAGUGACUCCGAACGUUUAGGAGAAGAAAACUAG